AUGCCCUCCCCAUCAAGCUCCAAGCUCAAGAAGAGCAGAGCACCCUCCCCCUCUCCUACUCCAGAAGCCUCCGAAGAAAGCGAAAGCAACAGUGUCGACGGUGAUGAUGACGACGACGAAAGCGACGAUGACAGCCAAACGAACAGCGUCAGUCAAAGCAGCAGCGACUCCGACAAUGACGACGACGACGCCUCCACCAAGGAUGCAUCAGGUGCAGACGAGGAGCACGACGAGAAAAAGGUGGCCACCAUCGCCGAAGAUGGCAAAAAGGUCGAGUUCUCCGACCUCGGUGUCAUUCCACAAAUUGUCGAAGCGUGUACCAACAUGGGCUUCAAACAUCCCACUCCUAUCCAGGUCAAGGCCAUCCCCGAAGCGCUCCAGGCACGCGACGUUAUCGGUCUCGCCCAGACCGGAUCAGGAAAGACGGCAGCGUUCACCAUCCCCAUCCUACAAGCCUUGUGGGAUAACCCCAAGCCCUUCUUCGCGUGUGUACUCGCGCCGACGCGUGAGCUCGCCUACCAGAUCUCGCAGCAGGUGGAAGCGCUCGGGUCCACCAUCGGAGUACGCUCCGCCACCAUCGUCGGUGGUAUGGACAUGAUGUCGCAGUCCAUCGCGCUCUCCAAACGACCACACGUCAUCGUAGCCACACCAGGUCGUCUGCAAGAUCACCUAGAAAACACAAAGGGCUUCAGCUUGCGAGGAUUGCAGUACUUGGUCAUGGAUGAAGCCGAUCGUUUGCUCGACAUGGAUUUCGGACCCAUCAUCGACAAGCUCCUCCAGUCGAUCCCUCGUGAACGAAGGACGAUGCUGUUCAGCGCCACCAUGACCACCAAAGUGGCUAAACUGCAACGUGCCUCGCUCAAGAACCCGGUACGUGUCGAGGUAGACACGAAGUACACCACCGUAUCCACGCUCAAGCAGCACUACAUGUUUAUGCCGUUCGCCCACAAGGACACCUACCUUGUCCACCUCGCCAACGAACAGGCAGGCCACUCGAUCAUCGUCUUCACCAGGACCGUGCACGACUCGCAGCGCCUGUCCAUCUUGUUGCGGCUGCUCGGCUUCCCCGCCAUCCCGCUCCACGGCCAGCUCAGCCAGCAAGCGCGUCUAGGUGCGCUCAACAAGUUCAAGACCGGCGGACGAUCCAUCCUCGUAGCCACCGACGUUGCCUCUCGUGGUCUCGACAUCCCGGCGGUGGAUCUGGUGGUGAACUACGACAUCCCCACCAACUCGAAGGAUUAUAUUCAUCGUGUCGGCCGUACCGCUCGUGCUGGACGGUCGGGUCGUUCGGUCACGCUGGUGACGCAGUACGAUGUCGAGCUGUUGCAGCGCAUCGAGACGGUCAUCGGGCUCAAGAUGACCGAGUUCCCGGGUGGGAAUGAUAAGGAGGCGGUGAUGCUGUUGAGCGAACGGGUGGCGGAAGCGCAUAGGGCCGCGGUGAGGGAGUUGAAGGACAAAGGUGUGGGAGGCGCAGGCGGUUCGGGCAAGAGGAAGAGGAAGAUGGAUGGGAGGUACGGGGAUGAUAUGGAUCGAGACGAUGAUCAGGUCCAGGCUGGUUUGCCUGUGUCGGGUAAUGGACGUCAUCAGAACCAGAACAGAAAGAAGGGUCGUCGCUGA